AUGGACAGGCGCAGAUCUUCAACCGUUCGAACCUGCUCGAACCUUGUCUUCCUUCGACGGACGAAUCAACCAGCCAACUAUUGGCGAUAUCAUCCCCAACCAGUCUCGCAGACCGCAUUUCGUAGACCGCAUUUCGUUGGCCGCGUUAGCUCGCCAGCAAAACCUCAGCCCACCACUCCCCACCCACGAUGGCCACACCGAGCGCUGGACCGGACGAUGCGGAUAAUGGAUCCAAGGAGUCAUUCUGGGAACUCGCCCGACGAGUCCAGGCGGCACGAAAGCUCAUCAUCACAACUAGGGCCAAGAUCGAAAAGGCUAGAUCCGAAGAGGCUUACCUCAAGAAGCGAGUUGAAGCCGCUGAGCAGCACGCUAAGGAGCUCGAUCAGAUGA